CUUUGGAAGGUGGGCUGGCACCCAGAGUGAACAUGCCAGCUGAUGGGAAAUUGCCCCAGAGAUUUCCUGCUCUGGUUCCAGGACAACCUAGCAGAUCAUUUGAGGGAUCUGUGUCAUUCGAGGAUGUGGCUGUGGAUUUUACCCGACAAGAGUGGCACAGGCUGGACCCUGCCCAAAGGACCAUGCACAAGGAUGUGAUGCUGGAGAACUACAGCAACCUGGCAUCUGUGGGGCUCUGCGUGGCCAAACCAGAGAUGAUCUUCAAGUUGGAACGAGGGGAAGAAGUGUGGAUAUUAGAGGAGGAAUCCUACGGCCACAGUUACCCAGGCUCUCUCUCACUGCUGUGUGCCAACAAUUCUGUUGGAGGUAAUGGCCUCAGGCAUGAUAAUGACCUUCAGCAUCAGAAGAUUCAAUCUUUGGAUCAAACUGUUGACUAUGGGAAAGCCUUCUACAAGAGAACAGGCUUUGUUGGACAAAAAAGAACACACAAAGGAGAGAAAAACUUUGAAUGUCAUGAGUGUGGGAAGACUUACUGCAGGAAGUCAAACCUUAUUGAACAUCUGAGAAUACACACAGGAGAGAGACCCUAUAAAUGCGGUGAAUGUGCAAAAACCUUUAGUGCCAGAUCAUACCUCAUUGCUCAUCAGAAAACCCACACAGGGGAGAAACCCUUUGAGUGUAACGAAUGUGGAAAAUCUUUUGGCAGGAAGUCUCAACUCAUUCUACAUCAGAGAACACACACAGGAGAGAGACCCUAUGAAUGCACUGAGUGUGGGAAAACCUUUUCUGAGAAGGCAACCCUGAUGAUUCAUCAGAGAACUCACACAGGGGAGAAACCCUAUGAAUGUGGCGAAUGUGGGAAAACAUUUCGAGUUAAGAUAUCCCUUACCCAACACCAGAGAACUCACACAGGGGAGAAACCCUAUGAAUGUGGUGAUUGUGGGAAAAACUUUCGUGCCAAAAAAUCCCUAAAUCAGCAUCAAAGAAUUCACACAGGUGAGAAACCCUAUAAAUGUGGUGACUGUGGGAAAUUCUUCAGAAUGAAGAUGACUCUCAAUAAUCACCAGAGAACUCACACAGGUGAAAAACCAUAUCAGUGUAAUGAAUGUGGGAAAUCUUUCAGAGUGCACUCAUCUCUGGGAAUACAUCAGCGAAUUCACACAGGAGAGAAACCUUAUGAAUGUAAUAAAUGUGGUAAUGCCUUCUAUGUCAAAGCACGCCUCAUUGAGCAUCAGAGAAUGCAUUCAGGAGAGAAACCCUAUGAAUGUACUGAAUGUGGAAAAAUCUUCAGUAUGAAGAAAUCCCUUUCUCAACACCGGAGAACCCACAUAGGAGAGAAACUUUAUGAAUGACAUGAAUGCAGAAAUGCCUUCUAUGUGAGACUAUGCCUCAUGACACAGGAGAGACCCUUUGAAUAUCAAGAAUGUGGGAAAGCCUUCUGCCAGAAAGCACACCUCACAGAAUAUCAGAGAACUCACAUAGGCCAGCCCUUUCUUGCCUUGUACUAUGGGGAAAACUUCUGUAAGGACUCCCCUCACCAUUUGACCAAAUGCUUUGGGGCAUCUGUUUACCAGGGCACACAGGGUACACCUGUAACAAUUUGGCUCCUUCAUUGGAUUGCUUUCUUCUUUGCCUGA